AGCCGUGACGCUCUGCCCCACCUCCCGCCACCGCCACAGCCUCCGCCUCCGCCUCCCUAUAACAACCAACCCCACCGCUCUAGCCUCUCUCUACCGGUAGCACACUACGCUGCUCUACGCUCGCCGGCUAGUCGAUCUUACUGUGCGUUCCGCAGUAGCCCAGCCCACCCACACACACACCCACAAUGGCGGGGCGGCGCAUCGCCGUGGCGGCGGCGUUCCUGGCGCUGGCGGCGGUGGUUCCGGCGGCGCUGGCGCAGGCGCCGGGCCCCGCAGCGGCGCCGAGCGGGCCCCCCAACGUGACGGCGAUCCUGGAGAAGGGCGGGCAAUACACGACCUUCAUCCGGCUGAUGAAGGAGACGCAGCAGGACACGCAGCUCAACAGCCAGCUCAACAGCUCCUUCGGCAACAACGGCGGCGGCGGCUACACGGUGUUCGCGCCCACCGACAACGCCUUCAACAACCUCAAGCCCGGCACGCUCAACUCCCUCACCCAGCAGCAGCAGGUGUCGCUGGUGCAGGGCCACGUCCUGCCCAACUUCUACAGCAUGGACUCCUUCCAGACCGCCAGCAACCCCGUCCGCACCCAGGCCUCCGGCCGGGACGGGCCCUACACGCUCAACAUCACCUCCGACACCAACAACCAGGUCAACGUCUCCUCCGGCGUCGUCGACGUCCGCAUCAACAACGCGCUCUACAACGCCAAGCCGCUCGCCGUCUACUCCGUCGACAAGGUGCUCCUGCCCAUGGAGCUCUUCGGGGCCAAGGCCCCCGCCGCCGCGCCCACCGCGUCCGAGGGCAAGCCCAGGAAGGGCGGCUCCUCCGACGCCUCGUCGCCGGCCGGCUCCGAGGAUGCUGAGCCCACGGGCGCCGCCAGCGCCAGGGCCGUCGGCUGGAGCGUCGCUGGCCUCGCCGCCGUUCUUGGCUACCUGUUGUGAGUCUGAGACAAGAAUGCCAAUGUCCACCAAAUCCAUCUUUGCCUGAGAUAGAUUGUCAGUGGUGGUGUUUCCUUCCUUCCCCUUCUUCCUCUCUUUGUUUAAAUUUCUCUGGUACUGCUAGUUGCUUUUUUUUAUUCUUGUUCUUGGCGGUCUGUAAGAUUGGGUUAAAUUCAUGUGCUUGAGGCUGUUCAUAAUGCAUUAGGCCUGUUUACUUCCCA